AUGGGACGUCUGAAGCUGCAAGCUGGUAUCAAUGCAAUAGAGGAGGAGGAACCCGAGGAAUGUGAUGCACCCUACCCCAACAAAACAACUUUGGCAUGCAUGAUUAAUUCGGAAAUCGGUGCUGUUUUGGCAGUGAUGAGGAGAAAUGUUAGAUGGGGAGGCCGUUAUAUGUCAGGUGAUGAUCAGCUGGAACACUCUCUCAUUCAGUCUUUCAAGACAGUGAGAAGACAAAUCUUUUCAUGGCACCACCAUCAGUGGCAAGCUAUCAAUCCUGCCUUGUAUCUCCAGCCAUUUUUGGAUGUAAUUAGGUCUGAUGAAACUGGUGCCCCAAUUACUGGUGUUGCUUUGUCAUCUGUUUACAAGAUCUUGACUCUUGAUGUGAUCGAUCAAAAUACUGUCAAUGUUGAGGAUGCCAUGCACUUGGUGGUUGAUGCUAUCACUAGCUGCAGAUUUGAGGUCACUGAUCCUUCUUCAGAAGAAGUUGUUUUAAUGAAGAUACUACAAGUUCUCCUAGCUUGUAUGAAAAGUAAAGCAUCUAUAAUGCUGAGUAACCAACAUGUUUGUACCAUAGUGAAUACUUGUUUCCGGAUUGUUCAUCAAGCAGGAAGUAAAGGUGAGUUGUUGCAGCAGAUAGCACGAUACACAAUGCAUGAACUUGUAAGGUGUAUUUUCUCUCAUCUUCAAGAUGUUGGCAACACAGAUCAUGCACUGGUUAAUGGGAGCACUAACUUGAAACAGGAGACCGGAGGCCUAGAUAAUGAGUAUGCAUUUGGAAGUAGACAAUUGGAGAAUGGCAGUAUGAGUUCUGAAUAUGAUAAUCAGUCAUUAUCCACAAACUCUGUUCCCAAUGCUUCAAGUGUUGUGAAAGCAACUGUGAUGGAUGAAAACACAGCAAUAACUAUUAGUUGCAAGGAAGGUGUACCAUAUGACAUGCAUCUCAUGACUGAACCGUAUGGUGUUCCUUGCAUGGUGGAAAUAUUUCACUUUUUGUGUUCUUUGCUGAAUGUUGUUGAGCAUUCGGGAAUGGGUCCUAGAUCAAACACGCUAGCAUUUGAUGAGGAUGUGCCUCUCUUUGCCUUAACUUUAAUUAAUUCAGCAAUAGAACUUGGUGGACCUUCUAUUUGUCGUCACCCAAGGUUGCUGAGCUUAAUUCAGGAUGAACUGUUUCAUAAUCUAAUGCAAUUUGGUUUGUCAAUGAGUCCCCUUAUACUUUCGAUGGUUUGUAGCAUUGUUCUUAAUCUGUAUCAUCAUCUUCGUACAGAGCUCAAAUUGCAGCUAGAAGCAUUUUUUUCUUGUGUCAUUUUAAGACUUGCACAAAGCAGAUAUGGAGCUUCAUACCAGCAGCAAGAGGUAGCCAUGGAGGCCCUUGUUGACUUUUGCAGGCAAAAGACAUUUAUGGUAGAUAUGUAUGCUAACUUUGACUGUGACAUAACUUGCAGUAAUGUCUUUGAAGACCUUGCUAAUUUGUUGUCCAAAAGUGCAUUUCCUGUGAAUUGUCCAUUGUCUGCCAUGCAUAUUCUUGCUUUGGAUGGUCUUAUUGCUGUUAUACAGGGAAUGGCUGAAAGGAUAGCCAAUGGAUCUGUAAGCUCGGAAUAUUCCCCAGUGAAUCUUGAAAAGUAUACUCCAUUCUGGAUGGUUAAAUGUGAGAAUUAUAAUGAUCCAAAUCAUUGGGUUCCUUUUGUCCGCCGUAGAAAGUACAUAAAGAGAAGAUUGAUGAUUGGUGCUGACCACUUCAAUCGUGAUCCUAAGAAAGGUCUGGAGUUUCUCCAAGGAACACAUCUUUUGCCUGACAAACUUGAUCCCCAAAGUGUUGCCUGCUUUUUCAGAUAUACUGCUGGGUUGGAUAAGAAUCUUGUUGGUGAUUUCCUUGGAAAUCAUGAUGAAUUCUGUGUUCAGGUUCUUCAUGAAUUUGCUGGGACAUUUGAUUUCCAAGACAUGAACUUAGACACUGCUCUGCGUCUAUUCUUGGAGACAUUCAGACUGCCUGGAGAAUCGCAAAAGAUACAUAGGGUGCUUGAAGCUUUCUCUGAGAGAUAUUAUGAACAAUCACCACAUAUCCUAGCUAACAAGGAUGCUGCUCUUGUGCUAUCAUACUCGAUGAUAAUGCUUAAUACAGAUCAACACAAUGUGCAAGUUAAAAAGAAGAUGACAGAAGAGGAUUUUAUCCGGAAUAAUAGGCAUAUAAAUGGUGGCAACGAUCUGCCUCGAGAAAUGCUGUCAGAGAUUUACCAUUCAAUUUGCAAGAAUGAAAUUCGCACAACCCCUGAACAAGGUGUUGGUUUUCCUGAAAUGACACCAAGUCGAUGGAUUGAUCUAAUGCACAAGUCCAAGAAAACUGCUCCAUUUAUUGUAUCUGAUUCUAAGGCCUACCUUGAUCAUGAUAUGUUUGCCAUAAUGUCAGGCCCCACAAUUGCUGCCAUCUCUGUGGUGUUUGAUCAUGCUGAACAGGAAGAGGUAUACCAAACAUGUAUGGAUGGAUUCUUGGCUAUUGCUAAAAUUUCAGCUUGCCAUCAUCUUGAAGAUGUUCUUGAUGAUCUAGUAGUGUCUCUUUGUAAGUUCACUACACUUUUAAAUCCAUCAUCAGUUGAGGAACCAGUCCUAGCCUUUGGAGAUGACAUGAAAGCUAGAAUGGCAACUGUGACAGUUUUCACUAUAGCAAACAGGUAUGGUGAUUACAUCCGCACAGGUUGGAGAAAUAUUCUUGACUGUAUCUUAAGACUGCACAAGCUUGGUCUUCUUCCUGCCCGUGUUGCCAGUGACACAGCUGAUGAGUCAGAGCUUUCUGCUGAAACUGUGCAUGGAAAACCUAUUAUGAAUUCUUUAUCCUCAGCUCAUAUGCAAUCUAUCGGCACUCCAAGGAGAUCCUCAGGAUUGAUGGGUAGGUUUAGUCAACUUUUAUCUCUUGAUACCGAGGAACCAAGAUCACAACCUACUGAGCAACAACUUGCUGCUCAUCAACGCACCCUACAAACCAUACAGAAAUGUCAUAUUGACAGCAUAUUCACUGAGAGCAAGUUUCUGCAAGCUGAAUCUUUAUUGCAGCUAGCAAAAGCUCUUGUUUGGGCUGCAGGGAGACCGCAAAAAGGGAACAGCACACCUGAGGAUGAAGAUACAGCUGUUUUCUGCCUGGAGUUGCUGAUUGCAAUCACUUUGAAUAAUAGGGAUAGAAUUGGGAUUAUUUGGCAGGGUGUGUACGAACACAUAUCAAAUAUUGUUCAGUCAACUGUAAUGCCCUGUGCCCUGGUAGAGAAGGCUGUUUUUGGACUACUGCGGAUUUGCCAGCGGUUGCUUCCCUACAAGGAAAACAUUGCCGAUGAACUUCUGAGGUCAUUGCAACUUGUCUUGAAGCUUGAUGCCCGGGUUGCAGAUGCAUACUGUGAGCAGAUUACUCAAGAAGUCAGUCGGCUUGUGAAGGCAAAUGCUUCUCACAUAAGAUCUCAGUUAGGAUGGCGUACAAUUACAUCACUACUUUCCAUCACAGCUAGACACAUAGAAGCAUCUGAAGCUGGGUUUGAUGCAUUAUUGUUCAUAAUGUCUGAUGGUGCCCACUUGCUUCCAGCUAAUUAUGUUCUCUGUGUAGAUACUGCCAGGCAGUUUGCUGAGUCUCGUGUUGGACAAGCAGAGCGUUCUGUGCGGGCACUAGACCUCAUGGCAGGGUCCGUCAAUUGCUUGGCUCGGUGGACUAGUGAGGCUAAGGAAGCAAUGGAGGAGGAACAAGUGUCUAAGUUAUCUCAGGAUAUUGGAGAGAUGUGGUUGAGACUUGUACAAGGUCUAAGGAAGGUAUGUUUAGACCAGCGAGAGGAGGUUAGAAAUCAUGCUUUAUUAUCCCUGCAGAAGUGCUUGACAGGGGCUGAUGGCAUUUAUCUACCGUAUAGCUUGUGGCUACAAUGUUUUGAUCUUGUGAUCUUCACUGUGCUUGAUGACCUGCUUGAGAUUGCACAGGGACACUCUCAAAAGGACUACCGCAACAUGGAAGGCACACUUAUCUUAGCGAUGAAGCUCUUGUCCAAAGUUUUUCUUCAACUACUCCCAGAAUUAUCACAAUUGACAACCUUCUGUAAGCUAUGGUUGGGUGUACUGAGCAGAAUGGAAAAAUACAUGAAGGUGAAGGUUCGGGGGAAAAGAAGUGAGAAGCUUCAAGAGACAGUGCCUGAGCUGCUUAAAAACUCCUUGCUUGUUAUGAAGAUGAGGGGUAUAUUAGCGCAGAGGAGUGCCUUGGGUGGUGAUAGUCUGUGGGAACUAACAUGGCUACACGUGAAUAACAUUUCACCGUCUUUACAACUUGAGGUAUUCCCUGAGCAGGAUUCUGACCAUUUGCAGCGCAAACAGGGUGAAUCAAUAGGAGGUUUGGUGCCUGAUGAUAAGGGUUCUGUCCCUUCAAAUGAAACAGCAAGCCGUGAAGAUGCUGGCAUUGUUGGUUAA